CCUCGGCCAAUGGGAGCCGCAGCGCGUUCCCGUCAAACCUCCCUUUUCAGGAUUCGCCGAGAGGGGAACUUCUCCAAAUGUUACCGCUACGGGAUCGGAGUUAGACUUGACACGGACGGCUCAGGCACAGGCUGCUGCUGCUGCUGCUGCUGCUACUACUACUACUACUACUACUACUACUACUACUACUCAUCCUCCUCUCCGAGACGUCGUUUCACCAACCACCGGGACGAUGAGACUGAGGGAUCCUUACGGAUUUCGGCGCAUAAUGUUGGGAUGGAGUUUCGAGGCUUGUUUGGCUCCGGGGAAGACUAGAACGCGUGCCUCCAACUCCUCGCCGCCGGCGCCGCUGGACGCGCUCCUCUUCUAUGUUGGAUUAUUGUCGUUUCUGCUGAACUCGCGCACCGAUCCGCCGUCGCUUCGCCCAGUGUGCCUUCCCCCCCCUCACCCCCACCUCGUUGGACUAUGGCCUCGGACCGCGGGGUCCCAGGGGUCGGCGUCUACGGAGAUUUACCCCCGAGUUACGCGCGCUCGCUGCAGCCGCCCGCGAACCCAGACGCGCCGCGGAGAGCCAGCUGCUGCCGCGCCGCGUUCGCACUUAAACAGAUCUCAAAGGGGAAGGCCGUAGGUCAGAAAGCUCCUCUGUGGAUCCGGGCGAGGUUCCAGGCCCUCCUGUUCUCUCUGGGCUGCCACAUCCAGAGGCACUGCGGGAAGGUCCUCUUCGUUGGACUCUUGGUAUUCGGGGCUCUGUCGGUGGGACUUCGAGUCGCGGCCAUCGAGACGGACAUCGAGCAGCUGUGGGUGGAAGCUGGUAGUCGGGUGAGCACGGAGCUCCGCUACACCAAGGAGAAGCAAGGAGAGGAGUCAGUAUUUACCUCACAGAUGCUUAUCCAGACCCCCAAAGAAGAAGGCACCAAUAUUCUUACCCAGGAGGCUUUGCUGGUUCACAUGGAAGCCGCCCUGUCCGCCAGCAAGGUCCAGGUGUCGCUCUUUGGAAAAUCGUGGGAUCUCAACAAAAUAUGCUAUAAAUCGGGAGUUCCUAUUAUCGAAAAUGUCAUGAUUGAAAGGAUGAUUGACAAGCUGUUCCCCUGUAUGAUAAUCACUCCAUUGGACUGUUUUUGGGAAGGGGCCAAACUGCAGGGAGGCUCCGCCUAUUUACCGGGAAUGCCCGAUAUCCAGUGGAUGAAUCUAGAUCCGGUCAAGCUGAUGGAGGAGCUGAGUCAGUUCACUUCCCUGGAAGGAUUUAAAGAGAUGUUGGACAAAGCCCAGGUUGGACAUGCCUACAUGAACAGGCCGUGUCUGGACCCCUCAGACCCUGAUUGCCCUCUCAGUGCACCCAACAAGGAGCAAGGAGAGAGUCCCGACAUUGCUGGGCGUCUCCAGGGUGGUUGCCAUGGUUUCAGCCGGAAGUUCAUGCACUGGCAGGAGGAGCUGAUCCUGGGAGGGCGAGUAAAGAACAGCCGGGAUGCUCUGCUGAGUGCGGAGGCUCUCCAAACCAUGUUCCUGCUGAUGAGUCCCAAGCAGCUGUACGAGCACUUUAAAGACGACUACGAGAUCCACGACAUAAACUGGAACGAAGAAAAGGCCACCGCCAUCCUCGAGUCCUGGCAGAGGAAGUUUGUGGAGCUCGUCCACCAGAGUAUCCCAUCUAACUCCAGCCAGUCCAUCCACGCGUUCUCCACCACCACCCUCAACGACAUCAUGAAAUCCUUCUCCGAUGUCAGCGUCAUCAGGGUAGCAGGGGGAUACCUGCUCAUGCUGGCCUAUGCCUGUGUAACCAUGCUACGGUGGGACUGUGCCAAGUCCCAGGGGGCCGUUGGGCUGGCCGGCGUGCUCUUAGUAGCUCUGUCAGUGGCUGCAGGACUGGGUCUCUGCUCCCUGCUUGGCCUCUCCUUCAACGCUGCCACCACACAGGUGCUCCCCUUCCUGGCACUCGGGAUCGGUGUGGAUGACAUGUUUCUGUUGGCUCAUUCCUUCACAGAGGCUGGAAGCAACAUCCCCUUCAAGGAUCGGACAGGAGACUGUCUGCGGCGCACCGGCACCAGCGUGGCGCUGACUUCCAUCAACAACAUGAUUGCGUUCUUCAUGGCCGCUCUCGUACCCAUUCCUGCCUUGCGAGCCUUCUCUUUGCAGGCAGCCAUCGUGGUCGUGUUCAACUUCGGCAUGGUGCUGCUCAUCUUCCCCGCCAUCCUCAGCUUGGACCUCCACCGGCGCGAGGACAAGCGCCUGGAUGUUCUCUGCUGCCUGUACAGCCCCUGCUCCGACCGCGUCAUCCACCUCUCUCCGCACGAGCUUUCGGACGCCGGCGAGCAGACGCGCACGCCUUCCACCGCAACGACGCACGCGCACCAGUACUCGCAGGGAUCCACCAUCACCACCAGCACCCAAAUCACCACCACGGUGCAGGCGUUCACGCAGUGUGACGCGGCCGGCCAGCACAUCGUCACGAUCCUGCCGCCUACCUCCCAGAUCUCCACCAGCCCAACGUCCAUCAUCCUCUGCCCGACGUCGCCGCCUCAAGCCGACUCGCCUUCCCCCACCGCCGCCACCUCCUUGCCGGACCCCUACGGCUCCCAGCUCUUCGCCCCUACUUCGAGCUCCACACGGGACCUCCUGGCUCAGGUGGAGGAUUCCAAACCGGGAAAGGAGUGCGUCCCACUGCCCUUCUUGCACUGGAACCUGUCGAGCUUCGCUAGGGAGAAAUACGCCCCACUGCUCCUCAAGCCCAAAAGCAAAGCCAUCGUGGUGGUCCUCUUCCUGGGCCUGCUGGGCCUCAGCCUGUAUGGGACCACCAUGGUGCACGACGGCCUCUACCUAACGGACAUAGUGCCACGCGACACCAAGGAGUACGAUUUCAUCGACGCCCAGUUCAAGUACUUCUCCUUCUACAACAUGUACCUGGUGACCAUGGACGGAUUUGAUUACGCCCGGUCACAGAGGCCGUUGGUCCAGCUGCACAACGCCUUCAACUCCGUUAAAUAUGUGGUCAGAGACAGUGACCACAAGCUGCCUCGCAUGUGGCUGCACUACUUCCAGGACUGGUUAAACGGUCUUCAGGCUGCUUUUGAUGCCGACUGGCAGGCAGGCAGGAUUACCUCUGACAGCUAUCGUAACGGCACAGAGGACGGAGCGCUGGCGUACAAGCUCCUCAUCCAGACCGGCUCCAAGAAAGAGCCUUUCAACUACAGCCAGCUGACAUCUCGACGGCUGGUUGAUGCGGAGGGUUUGAUCCCUACGGAGGUAUUUUACAUCUACCUGACAGUCUGGGUCAGUAAUGAUCCUCUGGGCUACGCCGCCUCCCAGGCCAACUUCUACCCCCAUCCUAGAGAGUGGAUUCACGACAAGUAUGACACCACAGGGGAGAACCUGCGCAUCCCAGCUGCAGAGCCCUUAGAGUUUGCCCAGUUCCCCUUCUACCUGAACGGCCUUCGCCAGGCCAGCGACUUUGUGGAGGCCAUCGAGAGUGUGCGAGCCAUCUGCGACGAGUUUAGCCGCAAGGGCGUGUUAAACUACCCCAACGGAUACCCCUUCCUGUUCUGGGGAGAAGUACAUCGGGCCUCAAGUCACUGGUUCCUUGCUUGGUGAUUAAGCGAGGUGGUGGUCUGCACCUUCCUGGUCUGCGCCAUUCUCCUGCUCAACCCCUGGACCGCCGGCAUCAUUGUGUUCAUCUUGGCCAUGAUGACGGUGGAGCUGUUUGGCAUCAUGGGUCUGAUCGGCAUCAAGCUGAGCGCCAUCCCUGUGGUCAUUCUGAUCGCCUCCGUGGGGAUCGGAGUGGAGUUCACCGUUCACAUCGCACUGGGUUUCUUGACUGCGAUUGGCAACAGAAACAAGCGCUCGGCGGUGGCUCUGGAGCACAUGUUUGCCCCGGUGGUCGACGGAGCGAUCUCCACACUGCUGGGCGUUGUCAUGCUGGCAGGGUCCGAGUUCGACUUCAUCAUGAGGUAUUUCUUUGCCGUGUUAGCCAUCCUCACUGUAUUGGGGAUGCUGAAUGGGCUGGUUCUCCUGCCGGUGCUCCUGUCCAUGAUGGGCCCUCCGUCUGAGGUCACUGCAGUUGACAAUGCCAGUCGCCUCCCGACGCCUUCCCCCGAACCCCAGCUGCCCCCACCGAUGACCCACCAUGGCUACUACGCCGGCCACCACAACCCGCGGCCGUCCCGUCAACAAGCUUUUCCGGAGUCGUCUGACUCGGAGUAUUACUCUGAGGUGACCACCACGUCGGGCAUCGGGGAGGAGGACUACAAGUACUGUGACCUGCCGUCGCACGCCAGCGUCCCCCCCUCCACGUCUCACAUACUGCUGGAAGCCAGCAAAAACCCCAGUUUCCCCAAGCUCACGGUGGUGAGGCCAUUCAAAGAAAACUCGACCGGCGCUGGCGGAAGGAUUGAACCGUUAAAUGAAUCUUCCCACAACGCAACGUCACCUCUGGGCUCCCAGGUUACAUGCUGGGAUGGACAAAAGAGGGAGCAGCAGCCGGGCCUCCAGAGGCUCCAGGCCCAACACUUACCCAGCGAGAGACCUCAGGUCCCGGGGAGGACUUGUCACGGCGGCCCCAGGCUGCAGGGCGGCAGAGGGCCUCAGCCAAACAGGACUACAGGGCCGAGCUAUAGCAGCCGCAGCUCUGCAAUGCCCAUGCAACAAGGCUCCGUGGGGGGACCUGUUACCAUGGUGACUGCCACAGCCUCCGUGACGGUGGCCGUGCACCCGACCUUGCCGGGGGCGGCGUACCAAGGCUACAUGCAUGAAGGUUUUGACACGGACAGCGAGUCGGACUGUUUCGAGGCCGCCGGGAGGACUCGUGGUGGCAAAACAAACUUUUCUUCAUGUAAGAGAGACUCUUUAGAGCUCCAGGACUUGGAAGCCACGCAGAACCAUUCAGAGCAUCAGCACAGCAAAACAACACAAGGUGGCUUGAGGAUCCAAGCAGCCAAAGAUUGCUAGACUCUCUCACGCGCCUCGUCUUCUCUCUUCUCCGAAGCACCUCGACGGCUCACACGGAGCUCUCAACUGUACACAGACUUCACACAAAAAGGAGAGGAUUUAUUUCAAGGACAUAUUAAAGAAGAAAAAGGACGUUUUCAGAAUUAUAUAAAUCUAUGAGUAUAUAUUUUAAUACUAAAAAAGAAGGAAGCUAUUUAAAAGAGUACUGUAUAACUUGGGUAUUCUCUUCAAAUGUAAAAGAUUAUUUUUUGUGGGGUGGUUAAUUUUUUUUUUCCCCACAAUGUAUAGAAUAAGAACUGCGCUAUAUGUAAAAAGUGUCCACAAAAAGUGAGAUGUUAUUAAGAUAUUAGGCUAUUGAAAACAACAUAUUGAACACGUGGUCAGUGUUGUAUUUGUAUUGUUCUGAACUUCUUUUUUUUGCUGCUACAUUUCAAAACUAUGUUAAGUGAUUUGCCUUAAAAAGAUGCAGUUUCCUCCUCUUCCCCCCCUGGUUUAAAUGAGUUUUUUUUUGUUCUUUUUUUACACAGUAUUAAACUGUGAGAGAUUCUGUGUCUGACACACACUCUGUUGAACUGAUUAUAGACGCUCUCUGUCACAGUGUGCACUGUUCUCCGCAGCAGACAGUCGUAACCGUUGUGCCUUCAAUUCGUCCCCUUUUCCUUGUUAUCACAGGAAUCAGCACUCAGUAUUAUGUCCUCGCUUUGGUGUAAAUAUGUUUCGUCUCGUCCAGACACACAAUGCUAGUCAAGAAGCAGUAGCAUCUAUCCGAAUGUGGUUGCGAUCAGUUAGCCAGCGAGCUAAAAGGCUCACACCUAAUUCAUAUUUCACGUUUAAUCCUUCUUCCUCUGCAGUUAUCAACUACUUGAAGGAGCUGUGAUAAGAUUGAUUUUUUUCUCGCAGUUUUUGUAAGCUCUAAAGUGGGUGAAGCUCACAUUGGUCACUUUGUUUUUGACAAUUGUUCACCUUCUUAUGUUAUGUUAAAAGGGAAUUAUUAAAUCCAAUGCAAAGGGAGUGAUUUUAUGUUAUAAUUAUUAUUAUUAAUUUCUCCAUUUUCCUUUGCUGGCUGCUUUGGGUUUGCGACACGUUCAUGGCGUCACAAGCCUGUGCAAUUAUUACUUUAUGUAAACUGGCUCGACCUCUCUAGUGCUCCAGCCUGCUCUCACUCACUUUCUAAUUUCUCACUCCUCCUGCUAAUACAAACCUCAUAUAUGGCACAAUACAUUCUUUUUCGUUCUUAGGAUUUUCAUGUUGUCUUUUUCGUUGAUGUUGUCGUUGUUCGGUAUUGGUCUCAUCACUGCCAGGUUAAAUUGCAGGGAUUUCUUUUUUUUGUUGUUGAAGUGGCAGCUUUGGUUUCUUUUGUGCAUAUGAAAGAAAAGUAGCCACUGUGCAGUUGUGAAUAAUUAAGCAGUGAGCAAAGCACCAGUUACAGUUCGAUCAGACCGUAGACCGACCGCCAGCGGCUGUUGUCAGACCGUGGCGAGGAGUUAAAAGGGAGGAAGGGGGAGGCGGGGGGGGGGAGCUCCUACAUUGGUUUGUAGUUUAUUUCAAAAGAAAAAAUUGUUAAUGUCAUGCCAUAUAAAUUAUUUAUAUUAAAAUUUAUUUUUGUAGUUUGUACAGAUGUUUAGUAUCUAGACUGAAGUUCUAUUUUUAAAGAGUGAAUAUAUAUAUUAUAUAUAAAUAUAUCUAUUUGUUGCCGAGUUUGUUUUGUUUUGAUGUUUUAUUUUGUUCGCAUGUUGGGAUGGAGGGACGGGGUUGACAACACUUUAGAGCAGAGGCCUUUUUUUAAAGUUUUCUUCUUUUUUUUUUGGUGGAGUAAAAGGGGGCAGUUGGAGGCCCACGAAGGAGAAGGUGUCUAGGAUUGUGUCUGCCUAACACC